AUGGAUGGGGCCCGGGAGCCCGCAGGGACAGCUCGGGCCCGCGUCGCACGGGCGCUGCGGGCCUCCGCGCACUGCGCGCCCACCCUUCCGCGCUCACCCGCCGGAGGGCCCCACCCUAUCUGCGCUCGCAGGGUGACCUCCACGCCCGGGCGGGGUCGUAGGGCGUUCUCCGCUUCGCUCGCUCCCCGCGGCCCUAAACCGGCUCCGAGCCGGAGGCCUGCGGGGAGGCGGAGGCCGAGUCUUCCCAGAGCUAACUCCCGGACGGCCAGGCCAGGGGGCAACCCGCAGGCGGACAUCGCGCUCCCGCAACCCGCAGCCUCGUAA